UUGGACUUGAUUUCUUUUGGCAGGUGGUAUCAGAGAGUGUAUAAUUCAUAAACUUUAUGGUAGUACAAACAAAUGGUCAGGACAGGAUCUUUGCUUUGACGAGCUUUACGAAGAUCAUUACAGAUGUUCUCAAUGUUCACGUUACUAAAAUUAAACAGUUGUAGAUUGCAAUAAAUAUUCAAGGUGUAGCUUUGGAACGUAAGUCUGUUUAAUUUACUGAAAGAAGGAAACCUGGCUCUUCCCACGCUUGCAAACAAAAACAGCUGAAGAAUCAAAUCGUACAAAGACCGCCGGCACAUGCUUGUUGGAGUCACAGCAACAUUGUAUCUGCAACUGAAACCGACAAUUUCUCUGAGUGUUAUUGUUUAUUCGAUUCAAUUUGUCUUUUUCUAAAUGGAUAUGAAUUUCGAGAAGAAACCCCCGGGCCUGUUGGACGUGAUAAGUCAGAAGCUGCUCUCUCAAACUCCACUACACUUCGCAUGUUACAAUGGAGAUGAACAACUGUUGGAAACCUUGAUCGGAAGAGCAUUUUUGUACAACAACAAUGACGGCGAGGCAGCUGAAGCUUGUGUCAGUUCUUGGGUUUCAGAAGAAGAUGGCAUCAAUGGUUGGACACCAGCUCACUGGGCGGCGUUCUAUGGGCAGCUGAAGUGCCUCAUGAAGUUACAUGUCAAACCAAACCUUGGGUUUGACACAGCGACUCAUAGAUCCAACACAAGUCCUCUGCAUUUGGCAGCCCAGACUGGUGCUGUGCUGUGCCUGAAAUGGCUCUUGCAAUGCGGUGCUUCCAAGAACAGACAGGACUUCAUGGGAGAGACUGCGCUUCACAAAGCCUCCAAGGCUGGAAAUGCUGACUCAGCUGCCAUGUUAAUCGCUCAUGGCUGCUCACUGAACUUGAAAAACCAUCGUGGCAUGACUCCCGUUGAGUUGGCGGAGGAAUCGGGCUACCAUGCUCUGGCCCAGUACCUGAGGAGGGCAUACGAACAGUCCGAGUAUGGAGGAACUACCAUCACUAGAGAGCCUCACUCUCUUCCCUUGUCGGAGCUGAAUCCACCCACAGUGUGCACAAAUCAGACAGGCGUACAGUUCGCGCCCUCUGAUUCAGACAGACUGCACCCGUACAUAUCCAUGAAUGGAGAGGUUAUCAACAACAGUGGUUCCCGCGCUGCUCCUCAGGACUCGAUGGAUCUCGGGGACUCAGAGAUGCAGGACUCUGAUAGACCUUCAAUCCCUGAGUUUUUUCUGCAUGGUGAUAAUAAGGCCAGUGGUUUUGGCGGAACAAAACGGUCAUUUGACUCGGAAGACGACGAUCUGAAUUCAAAUAAGCGUAGAUGCUUCGUCGCCGCCUCCCAGCAAACACAUGAAGAACGGUACGGCAACUCGUCUAAUAACAACAUAAUCUCGUCUUACAAUGCGGUUUUAGCCAUGAGGGUGGAACCAUUGACCACUUACACAGGUGAAGCCCCAGGCAGCCCGGUCCUGCCCCAGUCCUCCGUGAUGGACCAUCAGGCGUCUCUGGUCGCCCAGCAGGGCUACGACAGCUCCUUCAUGAACUCCAUCGGAUCUGCUUUCCACUGAGCUCCAAGAUCAGGACCGUCCGUGUGCUGUGUGUUCUCCGUGCACUUUCCCCCUCAUUGUAGCCAGCCACAUACAGUAUGGGUUCUGCUUUUCCUCCCCAGAUGUUUGAGAAUUUCUGAGCCUCAGGUUAUUAGAACUUUGUGUGUGUGUGUUGAGGGGGGCCUUUGUGCAGUUAUAUUAUUGUUUUUGCGUUUGAACCCGUUGUCGACCCAUCUUUCUUAUGCAUUCCCAUAUGAUUUGAAACUCUUGCAGAAAAGAAGCUAUAACGGGUAACCCGUAAGCUGUCACACAUUUGACCCAUGCUCUUCCCGUACCUGUUAUCUCCUCUGACAGUAACAAAAAUGCAUUGUGGCUUAGCUUUGAGAUCAUUAAGUUAAUGCUGAUGGCUGAAGAUCGGACUCAAGUCUCCUUUCUCUGUCUGUCUAAUGUUGCUUGUAUUUUAAAAGCAAUUAUAUGAUUGUUGUUGUGUCAGGUUUAUUCUCUCUUACUCUAAAUAUAAUUGUCCUUUUUUAUGUACAAAGUGUAUUAAAAAUUUUACUGCUUGUAUAUUACUCGUGAUUUGUUAGUCCAGUAUGCUGUCUCUUUUAUCAUGUGUAUAUAUAUAUUACUGGUUCAUCAUACCAUAUAUUUUGGGACAAUCAUAUUGAUGACAAGAAUAGCAAGUCUACACAAUAAAAUAAUUUUUUUUUAAAUAUAUUCAUUCCUUUUGAUUUUAUCCUUUUUUAAAAAAUUUUUUAGCUUACGCUCGUACUUUAACUUUUUCUUUCCUCUCGUAUUGUUAGACGUUGAGUGAGGGAAUAUACAAUUUUCAGUCCAGGACUAGAUAGAUGGCUUGUGUUGUAGAGAUAUGUAUUUCUGUUGGAGAACCUCUUUGACGCCAUCCUGUCAAGUUUUUCAUGGUCUCUCCCUACCGUUGUAGCCUGGUUCUCUUGCACUGAAUGCUCAUGCAGCUGGUUGAUUGGGAGGGGGGGGGGGGCAUUCUCAUCAGGUGAUCCAAUCAUGUAAUUCUUUUGACAUUCAAAUAUUUGCUCUAUGACCCUAUGAUCGUUUUCAUGUCAGUCAAUUUACGGACAGUUUCAUUCCUUAUGCGGUUUUUCCUUGUGACUUGGAGUAGUCUUCUGAAGCAUUUCACCUCGUAGACAAUGAUCAUCCUUUAAUAAGGCUUUACGGUGCUAUGUGUGUAGCUGUCACAUCUAGCAUUGGUAUUUCAGUGUUGGAGGGAAUUUGCUGUUGAUAGUUGCCUUUUCACUUUCAUUGAUAGGUAUUUGUGGGUGACAAUGGAUCAGUUACUAACCCCCCCCCCCCCCCCCCCCGUAUUUAAAUUCCCCCUAGCACGUUUGAAUUGUGUGUCCCGGCAGUGGGGAUGUUCUGUUGGCCUGGGUUUCUACUGACUUUCAUUUUUUUAAAUUUUUUUUGGGGGGGCAAUGCUGGUUCUCAUUGGGUGUUCUUUACAUCUUUCAUUCAAGCCACUUGUGUGUACUUGCAAGCUGUUGUGGUGUGCUUUUAAAAUGCUGUGGUCAGUGGGGAACAGGAGUUCUUUUGAGUUGUCAUUAUAUGUAUUUGCCUCAGUGAGAACUCAGUUCAUAUGUAAUAAAUAAAAGCGCAGAGAGCACACAGACUUUGAGAACUUGCCUGACAAUAUUGGAAGUCAGUCAGUGAGUUUUUUUUAUGUUCUUAUGACACAAAGAAUUAACAAAUGGCUUGGUUUCUUAAAACAAUAAGUUGCCAUUCCAAGUGAAUUUUCUGUUGCAGGACACAAGAGUAAAGUAAAAAAAAAAA